CCACAAUGUUUAGUGACUCAAGUAUUCCCACAGAUGUCGGUGUCACGGUAACAACAAAGUUCCGAGUGAGAAGCUUAAAAACGCUUCUCCGACUUAAAACUCCGCCAUGGAUGUCCUGAAAUCAGCAAGAAGAGCUUUAAUUCGCACUCCCGGUCUGAGUAAGCACUCCUGGAGCACAGGCAAACACCAAAAGCUUUCUGAGAACUGGACCGACACCAGGGAGACUCUUCUGGAAGGAAUGACAUUUAACCUCCGUUACCUGGGAAUGACGCUGGUGGACCAGCCCAAAGGCGAGGAGCUCUCAGCAGCUGCUGUUAAAAGGGUUGUUGCCACGGCUAAAGCCAGUGGGAAGAAACUGCCUAAAGUGGCUCUGAAAGUAUCUCCUCAGGGAAUCGUCUUGUGUGACCGUGUGUCUAAUCAACUCAUCGAGAACAUUUCCAUAUACAGGAUAUCAUACUGCACAGCUGAUAAGAUGCACGACAAAGUAUUUGCUUUCAUCGCACAGAACCAACAAAAUGAGACGCUGGAGUGCCACGCGCUCCUCUGUGCCAAGCGGAAAGUUGCUCAGGCUGUAACCCUUACAGUGGCUCAGGCCUUCAGAGUGGCCUUUGAGUUCUGGGAAGUUGCAAAAGAAGAAAGGGAACACUGUGUAAAGUGGGAUUCAGCGAGGGAGAUGUCCAAAAACUCUCAUUUGGAGAUAUCAGCCGGCCUGACCAGCCUGAAAGGAGCAGCUGUAGCUACAGGGAACCUGUUGGACGUUGAUGAUUACACAAGUGUUGUGGUGGAAAACAUGGACAACCACAUCGAAAGCAACAAUAACAACCACAACUCCCUAUGGGAUAUGGAUGAUGGUCUGGAAGAGGCUUUUUCAAGCUGCAGUUUGGAUAGUUAUGAAUACUCUCCAGACUCGCUGAGUCUCGUACUAACCCCCAGGUUCUGGACAUUGGGUUGAUGCCUCAAGAUUGGAAUUCUAAUCCCGACUGGGACAAGACCAAUGAAAGCUCACCGAAUGCUGAUGAGCUCUUCAGUAUUUAAGCACUGAUGGGUUUGUGGGGUGGAAUCGAGCCUAAGAACCUUGCACAGAAGUCUGCUGUGGUGCACACACAGCGAUCAGUGGAAAGAGGGACCAACAGGUCUGAUAUCUUUCACACCAAAGCAAUAGCAGACAACUCUAUUCGAGUCUAAAUGUCUAUGCUACCUGAGUUUACAUGCUUUAUUUUUAUCAAUCAUUUUGUAUACAGAAUAUCGUAUGUAGAUGCCGGAGUCAGUAUUGUAUUCAUGUAUUAAAAGAAAAGAGUUUAUUGUAGAAAGUAUACAGAUGCACAUUUUAAUGAAUUAACCCUGUAGUAUGCUGCUUUGAGAUUAUUACCACAAUGAUGUUCAUUACCAUAACGUGGACACCUGAUGUCCUUAACUUUCUACACAGCACAUGAGUAUUUAAGUAUUUACAUCAGUAUUUUUAUUAAUGUUGUAACACCUGAGGGUGCCAUGUAAUAUUUCUCUAUAAAUCUAAUAAAAGUAUUAAUAUUAGUAAUUAUUUCUAUUAUUUCUAUAAAUAUAAACUUUCUGUUCCAAAUUCAUUUCAUCCAGGAGAGGGCAGCAAUUCCUUAUUCCUUAUUCUGGCAUUGUACCUCUUGUCUGUAAAAUGGUGUGUAUAAGGGAGGUUUGAAUUUUACUCUAUAAUAGAAGCAGAUGAGAGCAAAAACACUUGACACCACAAGUGCUUUCAAGUUUGAAUUUACUGAGCCACACUCCUUAUGAAAGAUCCUUGUAUUCAUCAUGUUGCUAUGAAGGCCAUAGAGAAAACAACCUAAGCACAGGUUGCUGCAGUGAGACUCUUAUGUAAAUCAAUUAAUCUGACUACUAUUUACUUCAAUUAUAAUUCUUAACAUACUACUGUUUACCAUCGUCUAUUAUCACAGAUAACCUAUUGGAAAAAACACAUUAUACAGUACAGACUCCUUUAUAAUAUGAAAUAUUGCAAUCUAAAAGUACAGACAAAUCAAAUUAUCUGAGCCAUCUUAACUGAGAUAUGUCGGACAGAAAUGUUAAACACACAGUAUGGGGACAGAAUAAAUGACUUGGCUUAUGUGACCCUGUCUGUGAAAUCCAGAGUAAAGUCUCAUAAUCUAUAGAUUAUAUUAGGAAAUAUUAAAGAUUUAAGGUUAGAUUUUCACACAAUGCUGUUUAUAAUCGAAUUUGAUGUAAGAAACAGCAAAGGAAAUCCCAAACUGGGUCACAUACAUGGACAACUUUUGUCUUGCUGUUAAAAUGUGAAAUACUUUUAUUAUACAACCUAUCUUCCAA